AUGACAUCCAUCACCCCAGCUCGACCAUCAUUAACCUCUAAUGAUUCGGCCGUACUCCAAGCUCUCUUCGAUGCUGAGUCUUCUCCCUCAUCAGGAAUCAAAAUCAAUUCCUCUCUUCCAUCCUGGCCUGCAUCCCUGAACAUCUCCGAAUCCGACCUACCAUCCCUCAAGCAGCGCGAAUCAGAAAUAAUCCGCAAAAUACAAGGAGACGAAUCACCCAGCCAAGAAACCGUCUCAUCAGCAUUGACUGAAUUCGAUAACCUCAUCCUUAACAACAAAACAUACCCAUCCGCAUACAUAAACCGAGCCCAAGCUCUCCGUCUCCUAGUCGACCUGAUCCACAACAAAGAAACUGGAAACAGCGAAGUCCCCAACACCGAAAUUCAAGACGGCGCUCUAUUCUCACCUCAAACCUCCCAACUAUGUUCCCGGAUUUUCUCAGACUUAGGCCAAGCCAUCACGCUUGCCACGCCUGCUUCUCCGGCCGAUGCUGUAUCAAGUGUGCAAGCGCGUCUUUUGGCGGACGCGCACACGCACCGGGGGUACUUGCUUCUGAAGGCGGCGAGGGCUAAGAAGGCAUGCUCUGGGGAUGAGAACGCUGGUCCCGAACGAUUGCGGGGACUUGGAUCUGAGCAGCUGGAAGAAAUGGCUAGUCAGGACUUUUUCUUUGGUGGUCGUUAUGGAAAUAAGGUUGCGCAGCAGCUUGCUGUGCAGACGAAUCCGUAUGCUAAGAUGUGUGGGUCGAUUGUGAAGGAGGCCUUGAGGAAGGAACUUGAAGGGUGA